UGGUAUAGAUCAUCCAACAUGUAAUACUUGCAUGCCAAUGGAACCUGAGGGGUCUGGAGUGAAGGGACCUUUCCGUGGAGAGUCUCACUCAGAAGAUGGUCUAGAUAAUCCAACUAUUAGUACUUGCAUGCCAAUGAAACUUGACGGGUCUGGAGUAAAGGGACCUUUCCGUGGAGAGUCUCACGCAAAACAUGGUCUAGACCAUCCAACUAGUAAUACUUGCAUGCCAAUGAAACCUGAGGGGUCUGGAGUGAAGGGACCUUUCCGUGGAGAGUCUCACGCAAAACAUGGUCUAGAUCAUCCAACUAGUAAUACUUGCACGCCAAUGAAACCUGAGGGGUAUGGAGUGAAGGGACCUUUCCGUGGAGAGUCUCAUGCAAAACAUGGUCUAGAUCAUCCAACUAGUGAUACUUGCGUGCCAAUGAAACCUGAGGGGUCUGGAGUGAAGAUGGAAAUUCCUGCAAAUGCUGGGCAGGUUAGCUCAGAACUUAAUGACACAAAGAAGGAUAUCAUGGAUGAUAUCUACUGCCAGAAGCCUGCUGGUGAUCCUGUUAUGAUAACUAAUAUUGUUCAGCCUGCUCAACAAGAAAACAUUCAAUGUCAAAAAGAUGUGGGCCAGCAGAAACAAGAAAUCGGAUCAUUGCCUACUGAAGAUGCUGUUGCCACCAAAUCUGGGAAGCCAAAGAUAAAGGCUGUAUCAUUGAUUGAACUCCUUACACCCGAACAAGUCAGGGAGCAUAUAAGAGGACUCAGACAGUGGGUUGGCCAGAGAAAAUCAAAGGCGGAAAAGAACCAAGCAAUGGAACAUUCUAUGAACGAGAAUUCUUGUCAGUUGUGUGCUAUUGAGAAUCUAACCUUUGAGCCACCACCUAUGUAUUGCACGCCUUGUGGUGCUCGUAUUAAGAGAAAUGCUAUGUACUACACCAUGGGAGCUGGUGAUACACGCCACUAUUUCUGCACUGCUUGCUAUAAAGAAUCUCGUGGUGACACCAUAAUAGCUGAUGGAACAUCUAUUCCUAAGUCAAAAAUGGAGAAGAAGAAAAAUAACCAAGUUACAGAAGAAGGGUGGGCUCAAUGUGAUAAAUGUGAAGCUUGGUUGCAUCAAAUCUGUGGUCUGUUCAAUGGCCGUAGAAAUGAUGGCGGACAAGCUGAAUACAUUUGCGCUAAGUGCUACUUAGGUGAAGUUGAAAGAGGAGAACGCAUGCCAUUACCUCAGUCUUCUGUUCUAGGGGCAACAGAUUUACCAAAGUCAGCCCUUAGUAACCAUAUAGAACAGAGGUUAUUUAGACGGCUGAAGCAUGAAAGGCAGGAGCGAGCAAAGGUCCAAGGAAAAAGUUAUGAUGAGGUUCCUGGUGCUGAAGCACUAGUAGUCAGAGUUGUAUCAUCAGUUGAUAAAAAGUUGGAAGUCAAGCCGCGGUUUCUUGAAAAUUUUCAAGAAGAAAAGUACCCAACCGAGUUCCCAUACAAAUCUAAGGCUGUAUUGUUGUUUCAGACAAUUGAAGGGGUUGAAGUAUGCAUCUUUGGCAUGUAUGUUCAAGAAUAUGGAUCUGAGUGUGAACAGCCAAAUCACCGCCGAGUUUACCUCUCGUAUCUGGAUUCUAUUAAGUAUUUCAGGCCUGAUGUCAGGACAGUGACAGGAGAGGCUCUUCGUACAUUUGUUUACCAUGAAAUUCUAAUUGGGUACCUAGAAUAUUGCAAGAAACGUGGUUUCACUAGUUGCUAUAUCUGGGCAUGCCCUCCACUAAAGGGUGAAGACUAUAUUUUAUACUGCCAUCCUGAAAUUCAGAAAACACCAAAAUCUGAUAAACUGAGGGAAUGGUACUUAUCCAUGUCGAGGAAAGCAAAGAACGAAAAUAUUGUUUUUGAAAUCACUAAUUUAUAUGAUCAUUUCUUCACAACCACUGGUGAAUCCAAGGCUAGAGUUACCGCAGCCCGAUUACCUUACUUUGAUGGAGAUUAUGGGCCUGGUGCAGCAGAGGAUAUGAUCUACCAGAUUCGUCAAGAAGAAGAGGGGAAGAAGUUGGAUAAGAAAGGAAUAAUCAAGAAGACCAUUACAAAAAGAUCUCUGAAAGCAUCUGGACAGUCUGAUCUUUCUGGCAAUGCAUCAAAAGAUUUGAUACUAAUGCAUAAACUCGGUGCAACAAUCUCUCCAAUGAAGGAAGACUUUAUCAUGGUUCAUUUGCAGCCCGCAUGCUCGCAUUGUUGCAUACUGAUGAUACAUGGGAACCGUUGGGUUUGCAAGCAAUGCAAAAACUUUCAGAUCUGUGACGAUUGCUAUGAAGCCGAGGAAAAACGUGAAGAUAGAGACAGACAUCCUAUUAAUCAAAGAGAUGUACACACACUUCAUCCAGUUGAAAUCACGGAUAUACCUAAAGAUACUACUGAUGAAGAUGAGAAUCUAGAGAGUGAAUUCUUUGAUACAAGACAGUCGUUUUUGAGUCUUUGUCAAGGAAAUCACUAUCAAUUUGAUACUUUGCGGCGAGCCAAACAUUCCUCCAUGAUGAUCCUUUACCAUCUUCACAAUCCUACAGCUCCCGCUUUUGUGAUGACAUGUAGUGUGUGUUCUCUGUAUAUAGAAACCGGUCAGGGAUGGCGUUGUGAAGUUUGCCCUGAAUAUAAUGUCUGUAAUUCCUGUCAUCAAAAGGGAGAAAUAGAUCAUCCCCAUCCGCUGACGUAUCAUUCAUCUAUGGCUGAUCGUGAUACACAAAGCAAAGAAGCUAGGCAACUGCAAUUAAGGAAAAUGCUUGAGCUUUUGGUGCAUGCAUCUCAAUGCCGGUCUACACAGUGCCAGUAUCCAAAUUGCCGUCAAGUAAAAGGACUUUUCCGACAUGGGAUACAAUGCAAAGUCCGAGCUGGUGGUGGUUGCGUACUCUGCAAGAGAAUGUGGCAUUUGCUUCAACUUCAUGCCCGGGCUUGUAAGGACUCCGAAUGUCUAGUACCCCGCUGCAGAGAUUUGAAAUCCUAUUUGAAGAGGUCACAACAUCAAUCAGAUUCUAGAAGAAGGGCCGCCGUCGUGGAGAUGAUGAGGCAACGAAGGGCUGAGGUGGAUGGAAAUGGUUGAUGAUUGAAGAACGACAUAAAUGUACAUACAAAACUAUAUACAUGGUUGGGCGAGCUAUCUUCUUCCAUCUG